UGUAUCCGUAUACACACCUUAAAAAAGUCAAAAAAAAAAUGAAACUUGUGUGGUUUUUCGCGGUUUUCUUAAUGUUUUUUAUUGGUGGUACGGUAUCGUAUCCGACAGAGAAGAGGUGCGGCGAAAAAUUAAUGAAACUACUGUCCACGUUGUGCAAUAAGGUUUAUUAUGAACCUCAGAAGAAAUCUGUAUUGGACAUAAUUUACCCCAAUAAGAAGCCUCAUUUUCAAUUCGAAGAGUACGAAAACGAUUUCUCGGAUAAUUUGUUGGAUGACUACCAGAAUUGGCCGUACUUCAAGAGUAGCUCGCCAUCCUUGUCUAACAUCUUCAAUAGGAACCGAAGGGGUAUAGUGGACGAGUGCUGUAAGGCACCAUGUACCACCGAAACUUUAUUGCUGUAUUGUGGAAAGUAGAUCACGUUGGAUUUAUUAUGACUGAAAAUUUUAAAAAAGACAUUGUUUAAUUUUUUUAAUAGCUUUUUUUAUUAUUAAAAAUUAAAUGUUCUAAAUAUUAAAUCAAUAAAAACUGUAUUUUAAAUUGCAAA